GCCGCUUCAGUUCAGUUGUACACAUACAACAGUCGCAACGUGUUGUUAGCUGUGAGAGCGCGCGUGUGUGUCUUAAGUCUUUUGUUUUUCCCCCUCUAAAACACGUACAACAGUACACCGGUUCGAAUUGAUAGCGAUAAAUAAAGUAAAACAAGCAAUAUUGCGCAAUUUUUUUUUUUUUUUAAGUAUAAACAAGUUAACUAAAGCAAAUAGUAAUCAUAAUUAAAAGUAUAUAACGGUUCAGUUUGUUUACUUAUUUUGCCUUGUGAAACGCUACUUCGUACCGCUGACGGAAGUCCGCUAUUAAAAUCACUGCGCGCGUUUUAAAAAGGAACUGAAAACUAAAUAAAUUUUUAAAGAAUCUAACUGAAAAUCAGUAAAGGAAAUCCAUCAAAAUGAAGUCCUACAUCAGCACAGCUACCAUUUUCAUAGUGCUCUUUGCGCUAACGAAUGCCACCGAAGUGAGAAAAUGUCCCAAGUCAGCUGCACGCGCCUUAACCGCGGAUGAGGUAACCAUCUCGAAUUGUCCCAAAAAUAAAUGCACACUCAAGCGCAACACUGAGGCCAGCAUUGAGAUGAAGAUCAAACCCGAACGUGACUUUAACGAACUCAAUUCCGAUAUACAGGGUAUUAUUUUGGAUGUACCACUACCGUUCCCCGGCUAUUAUGGCACCAGCGCCUGCCCGUACAUCUACGAUGCCGAGGGCAAAGAGAAGGUGGGCUGCCCAUUGAAAGCCGGUGAGACGUACACCUACAAGAAUAGCUUCAAAAUACUGCCAAUCUAUCCGACUGUUAAUUUGGUCAUACACUGGGGUUUGGGUGAUAAACAGGGUGACGCUGUUUGCUUCCAAAUACCGGCUAAGAUUAAGUCGUAAAUAUUGGCGGGGAAGGAAAAUUUGCAAAUUAAAUAGUGUUACUUACUUACAUAACUGUAUUAAAAUAAUGAAAAUAACGGUAUUGUGGAGCUUGUCGUGGCUCUCUUACGUAAAUAUUUGUAUAAUAUUAUGUUUAUAGUUUUAAUAAAACAAACUACUUUUGUAUUUUUU